CCGGUCCCAAAGAGUGAUAUAGCCUAAAUAGGCUGCAGCCUUCCGAAGACCAUGUAAUUUCGCGGACUCAUCCGUUUUCUCCUCGGCGCUCUGGUCGCCUAUUCAAUAGCAAAUUAUGUUGAAAAAUAGCCUGUUCGUAGGCCUACUGUGGAUAUUAUUUGAAAGUGCCUAGAAUGGGAUUUUUCGCUUUUUAUUUGUAAAAUUCUGUGCCACGUUUUACUCGCCGCAGCAGAUCUCUCAAACGCACGGACUUGCCUGGGAGGCAACAGUCGUCCGAAAACCUUGGAGUAGACGCAAUGGAGAAUAUAAUCUAAAGAGGAACACAUGGGGAAAGAAAAUAAGGAAUAGGAGGGUACCGUACAUAACGACAGAUAUUGCUCAUAAGCGCAGCAUAUCUUUUUAAAAUGUGAAGUGGCCAGAAUCAGAGAAAGUCACGAAUUUUAUUCGGUUUUUAAUGAGGCAUUUUGAUUAAUUAAUUUUGUGCUUUGUAUAGUCAUAUCCAAUAAUAUACCGGAAUGUAGCUUUGCAGGGUAUGUGUAUGACCACUGCUAUAAUAACAAAUGGUAAAACGCUAGAUAGGUCAAUAAGGCCUAUUGUAAAGUUAUUUCUACAUGCCCUCUUGGCCACAAUCAACCUUAAUUGUUGUGUAUGGAAUGACCUGUUAUCCUGACCAAAAGGGUUCAGUGUUACCAUGCAGGAGUGUAUUGGUUUGAACAAGAACAAACAUGUAAGCACUAAGAAGGCCUACUGUAAGUCCUCUGGAUAAGCGCAUCUGCUAAAUGACAAAAAUGUCAAGUAAAAACCUCAAUUAUCAUAAGUGUUGUGGAAUGAUGUUUAUUUUUGCAAAUAUAACACUUUCUUAUGUUGAAUGGUGCAUUGCAUCUCUCAAACUCAUUGCACAAUUAUCUGUCUUCCGUGAAAUGCACAAAUUCUAUCAGACACACUAAUGUUGUCUUCUACUUUCUGAGCCUAAACUCAACAUGUCUUCCCGAACAAUCUCACCACAAAGAAUCAUUGAUCAUAUCAGCUGCUAGUCUAUUUACCACGUUGCUUUUUUUUCUGUGCACACCCAGUCACAUUGCCAACCAACGCGUCCAGAUUAUAAAUAGUUGAACAAAAGCUUUAAACGAGCAGCCAGGGUUACUGAAACCGAAGGCGCAGGGCAUUAUUUCUUCAUCAUUAGUUACUGAAUACGGUUGUGUGGAGACUGUGAAUUCUGUAGACUAUCAGCUGGACAGGCACCAGUCUGAUUUAGAACGGAGGCCGGUAAAGGUAAGGAGGAGGCUGCUUAUUCCUGACGCUGAAGGGGCACUGACAAGGACGCAGCCUAGAGCUGACAUCCACCUCACCUGGCCACUCGUCCCACUCCCCCCCCCACACAGGGACACCCCCUAGGCCGAGCACCAGCUGAAGAGGAGGACAAAAAAUGUUCUCUGACUGUGAGCUGCAUCUCACCAGAAGAGGUCCUGCCUCAGAUCUCCUCCCCCAGACUGGUUGAGACGCUCCGGUUGUGUUUUGAUAUUUUUCCCUUGAGUUUUUUUGUACUAAUCCUCACUGGAGUGAGAGAGUGAAGACAUUUUGAAGACCCAGAGGUUUUUGCUGUGGGAGCACCUUUACUUGGAGUAGCUGCUAAUAGACGGAGACCUCCAGUCUUUCUUUGUCUUUCCCUGUCUGUGGUGUUUGUGGUGUGUGUGAGAGUGUGAGAGUGCUUGUCGGUUGGCAUCGGUGAGAGCCGUCUCCCUUCCCUCCGUCAGGAUGUUUGCAGUUCAGCUGCUGCUGGUCCCGCUGGCGCUGUGGGCUCUGCAAGCGUCUCUAUGCCAUGGAGCGUGUGUGGAGGUGGACUCUGACACUGACGCAGUGGUCAAUGAAGGCUUUAAGCUGGGCUGUAUUUCCUGUAAGAUGAGGGGCGAGGUGCCCGCCGAGGCCACUGUUGAAUGGUCCUUCAUGCCCAAAGGAGAGAGCGAGUUCACAAAAAUCUACAGCUACGAGGACCUAAUGAGCGACAUUCCGGACGAGCGCUUCUACGAGCGUCUGGACUGGAACGGCAGCAAGAAGACCAAGGACCUGCAGGACGGCUCCAUCUACAUCCUGAACGUGACGUGGAACGACACGGGCACCUACCGCUGCAUCUUCAACCGCACCCUCACCUUCACCUCCUACGAGUUCCACACCAACGCCACCAAGAUCGUCCAGCUCAACGUGGUGCCAAGACUGACCAGGGGGAUAGCGUCCAUCUUGUCUGAGGUGAUGAUGUAUGUCACCAUCAUUGGGCUGCAGGUAUGGCUGGUGGUAGAGAUGAUUUACUGCUACAGGAAGAUAUCAGCACAAGGCGAGGAAGCAUUGAGAGAGAGCGCGGCGGAGUACUUAGCUAUAGCUUCGGAGAGUAAAGAGAACUGUGCAAUGGUGGCAGUGACAGAAUAACACUGGUUAAAGAAUGGCUCCAAACGACGAAUAGCUCUCGAUAGCCCUUCGACACUUCACCCCUUCUUCCAGACUUCCAUUAUGACACCAUCUCAUUACCCCAUCCAGGAGGAGCAGCCAAGAGGCUUGUCCAGAGAACAGAUGGAUGAGAAGUGAAACAGCCAAUGAAAAAUGACUUGUGUUGAAAAGCAAAUAUACAGCACGAGUGUACUAUCUAGCAGUACUAUAAUAUCAAGGAGAGUUGUAAAUACAGUACGUGUGCUUAAUUAUGCAAUCCAAAAUCCUCAUUGUAAUACUGAUACAUUAUAAUAAGUUAGUUCACACAUAGCAUUGUACAUUAAGUAGAGCUGCAUGUUUACUGAUACAUCAUAACUAAUGGCGUUAAUGUUUCUUAAAGGGUCAUUGUCAGGAUUCUAAAGUGUGCUUGUAUGAGAGCAAUUAGAGGUCAGAACUCAACUGUGAUCUUGCCCAAUGGCUUUAGUAGCCUGUCUUGAUCAGACCUUCCAUGGCUAUUUAUGUGCAGGUCCAGACUAGCCUAGCGGUAUAUUCAAAAACAUUCCAAGAAAACUUGAGGUUAUGCAUUCAGGUGAAUGAAAUGAGUACCCUGAGGAGUAGUAGCCUAACACGGUUGACUAGCUGGGAGUAAUGGAUUGUACACACCCAGAGCAACUAUUUCUGGUUUGACAGCAUUUGUCUACCUGUUAAAAAGGUUAAUGCUUUAUUUGCUAGAUUUUCCUUAUCAUAUUUACAACAACCAAGGGCUUGUGAUAUUAGCUACCAUUUUCCUGCCGUGGGAAACUACCAUAAUUUGUCCAGUGUGCCUGUGAGCAGGUAUGUCUGACUGGUCAAAGACCAAUCCCUAAGGAGCAGAAUACAGUUAGCUGCUAUUGAAAAAAAAAUACUGGACAUCCCUGUCAUUCCUGUUUGGCAGUCAAUUCUGUAUUAUACCUCUAGGGGCAGCAUAACACUGCCUAAUGUGGACUGCAAUCUUGCACACAUACUUUCUUAUACAAUUUCAUUGGGAUCUGGGUUUAACUACUAAGGGGUCUGGGUUUUCUACCUUUGAAGUACGGAAAAGUGAAAGAAUAAUAGGAUUGUUAUGGCAUGAUAACUGCCACACGUGAACAAAUUGUAAUUAAUGUUCAAGAUUCGGAAUGAUUCAAAAUUCCCUUUAAAAAACCUUGAAGCUGGUUUGGUCAGAUUAGAGAUUCUAGUCACCUUUCACAGAACUUCUACAUUGAAUAGCGGAAUAUAUGUUGGAAAAAAAACAACAGGGAAUAAUCGACUUCUGCUGUAAUUCACUGAAGAAGAGAGAGAGAGAAAGAGAGAUCCAGCACACACUACUGUGGAAAUGUUGCUUGCCAAAACAGUCAGCUUUAUACCUUAAUAUAAUUGUCAUGUGAGAAUGGAGUAGGCUUUAUGUCUGGUUUAUUAAAUCAAAACAAUUUCUACCUUG